UGUGACAAUAUAAAACAGAGGAUAAACAAAAAUCUAAAGUGGUUUCUGCAAUUUCUAUUAUUAAUAAUUUUAUGUUCUUUGUCGUAGCUUCAGAAGUAGUAGCAGUUUCAGAAGUUGAAAUAUAAAACAGACGAUACCAAACAAUUAUGAUUGUGUAUUGUGAUAAGUUUUAAGGCUUCAGUCGUUACAAUUAUAUUUAUAAAGUUUUUCCAAUAUAAACCAAAAUGUCGGCGUUAUUAACAGCAGAUUGGUUUCAUCUAGAUUCUUACUACAGAAAGUUCGAUCUGUACACUAUGGUGUGGUCUAUGGACGAAGGCUUAGGUAAUAUGGUGGUCAGUGGUGCACCUUAUGGCGGUCCCAUUGCUGUAGUCAGAGAUCGGAAGCAAUUUGUACAAAUUGCAACAAGUGUUAAACCUGUGAUAACUAUUUAUAACUGCGUCGGAGAUGUAAUGUCUAAGAUAUUGUGGAAUAGUGGAGUCCUCAUACACAUGGGUUGGUCUGAUGCAGAGCAACUGCUUUGUGUACAAGAAAGUGGUGAUGUUCUCAUUUAUGAUAUGUUUGGGGCCUACCAAAAGUCUUUCAGUUUGGGUCAGGAAGUGAGAGAUACAAAGGUGUGUAAAGCUCAACUGUUUCCCAAUCCGCAUGGGAUUGGUCUAGCUGUGAUAACAUCAACCAACAGCAUGUAUCUAGUCAGCAAUGUAUCUGAUCCUAAAUUAAGAUCUGUACCUGAUUUGCCAAGAGCGAAUGACCCUAUAAGCUCUUGGUGUGUACUGAGUUCAGGACAACGGAGUGGAUCUUCUAUGAUUGGCUUCCUUGUUUGUAGAGACAAGGAGAUAUACAAGUGUCAACUUGGAGAGUCUGUUGCCGUAUUGAUGCGUCCAGAGAUUCAAAAUGCGUAUACUCAGAUUUUAACAAUAGUGCCGUCACAAAAUGGCCGCCAUGUUGCUUUAUUCACCGACUCUGGUGUAUUAUGGAUUGGUUCCUCCAACUUCAAGACCAAAUACUGUGAGAUUGAUACGGGGUAUUUUAAACAACCGAAGGAAUUAGUAUGGUGUGGUUCACAAGCGAUAGUAGGCCAUUGGGACGAUAUGAUGUACAUAUACGGCUUCAACGAUACAGUGGUACAAUAUCCUUAUGAUGGACCAUUCCAUAUUAUUCCGGAGAUGGAUUGUGUCAGAGUCAUCUCCGAGAUGACACACGAAUUGAUACAAAAAGUGCCAGUUGUUGUGGAUAAGAUAUUAAGAAUUAAUAGCACAGCGCCUGGAUGUUACCUGCUUGAAGCAUCUAAACAAUUUCAGAAACGGAGUCAUAGGGCUGAUGAGUAUAUUCGUCUAGUGAAGCCAGAUUUAGCGAAUGCUGUACAAGACUGUAUCGACGCGGCGGCUUUCGAGUUCAGUCCGGAUGUUCAGAAGAUGCUGAUCAGAGCGGCUCAGUUCGGGAAGGGCUUCAUACUGGACCCAGUGCUCACUGACCACUAUGUGAAGACCUGUCGCUGGCUGCGGGUCCUGAACGCGAUACGGGACCCCAAAGUGGCUAUACCACUAACUUUCUUACAAGUUCAGAACUUGGGCGAGCGCGUGCUGCUGGACCGGCUCAUCUGGCGGCGGCUGCACUGCCUCGCCACGCACGUCGCCGCAUACCUGCAGCUGAAGGACGGACAGACCAGAGUACUCUCACAUUGGGCCUGCUACAAAGUAACACAGCCGCAUUUGGACAACGAGAGCGCAGCGCGUGAGAUAGGAGAGAAGUUGCGGAAUGUUCCGGGGAUAUCGUACGCCACUAUCGCUAUGAAAGCCGCCGAAAAAGGGAGGAAAGCGCUCGCUAUUAAGAUCCUGGAGUACGAGCGGUCGCGCGCGCUGCAGGUGCCGCUGCUGCUGGCGCUGGGCGAGGGCGGGGCGGCGCUGCGCCGCGCCUGCGCCGCCGCAGACACGGACCUCGUGCACGUCGUGCUGCUGCACCUCAAGGACAACAUGAGCAAACAUGACUUUGAGAUGACUAUCCGCGGCUUCCCGCUCGCGCAAGCGUUGUACCUGAAAUAUUGCGGGAGCCACAACCGCGAGGCGCUGCGCAAGGUGCUGGUGCAGGAGGACAACUUCCCCGCGCAGGCCGCCUCGCACCUGCGCGACGCGCUCGACACCGCCGCGCCCUCGCACAAGGAGGCCGCGCUGCAGGCCGCCAGGGACUGCUACAAGAAGGCCAAGAAUGAUCUAGGUGUAUCGAUAUGCGAGGAGUUACGCAAGCUGUGCAAGCAGCAGUCCAGCCUGCAGGAGACGUACGGCUCCAGCUUCAUGGGCCUCUCCCUGCACGACACCGUCGCCAAGCUGCUCGACCUGGGUGAGGUCAAGCUGGCUGACAAACUGCGCACCGAGUACAAGAUGCCUGAUAGAAGAUAUUGGUGGCUUCGUAUACUGACAUUAGCUGAGAGACAAGACUGGACUGAACUCGACCGUUUCUCUAAAUCAAAGAAAUCUCCGAUCGGUUACGAGCCGUUUGUCGACGCCUGUCUGAAGUAUGACAACAAGGACGAGGCUAUCAAAUACCUGCCAAAGUGCAGGGAUGAUAUUAAAGUCAAAUACUACGUUAAAGCUGGUUUGUACGAAGAAGGGGCGCGCGUGGCGUUCGAACAGAAGGACAAGAGCGCUUUAAUAUUCGUGCAGAGCAAAUGCCCGCUCCGCGACAGCAGCCAGCACGCCGCCAUUGCUGCGCUGUUAGAGCAAUUAAAUAAUAAAAAAUAAAUAUAGGUUAUUUUAUUAAAAGUGUACUAUUUAUUCCUAUAUCAAAUAUAAAAUUAUUUAUGAUUCUCAGUUAAACACUAUUAUGUAUUGUAAUCAUAGGAAAAUGUAAGAGAAAUUUUCUUGCUGUCUAAUUUAAACUAUUUUAUGCU